AUGGCUAGAGAUCUCGAAAAGAGCAGAAGUAAGGUUGGUGCAGACCCCCAAUUACAGCUUGCCAGGCGCAGGAGGCGUAAGGUAGUCAAAUCAUGUACUUUCUGCCGUCAGAGAAAGCUAAAAUGCGAUCAACAAAAGCCCAUGUGCGGCCAGUGCGCUGCUCGCAAGCUGCCCGAAUGUGUAUACACAGACGGCUUCAACUUCCAACUCACGUCGGAUGAACUGUUUAGCGAUAAACCAAACGUGUCCCUCAUCCGUCGAAUACAAGAACUUGAGGAAGCUUUGGAAAAAUCAAGUUUGGAUGACCAAAGAAAUGGCUCCGGAAGCGCGAGCAGUGCCAACUGCUUAGAUAGUCAAGACGACAAGACAGCGCCCGGUGAGCCUGGGAGUAGCGAUACACACACCAGUACUACCAGCACAAACGGGUUUAGCAACCAUGGAAGCAUCAGCGGUCCUAGUACUGGUAGUAGCACCAGUGUCAACUACAUCGAACCAGCAGUGUCUGCAACAGGGAGCAAGGGCCCCAACAAGCUGGCUGAUUUCAGUGUUAUGCGGCUUAAGGACGGCCGCUUCACAUACUAUGGGCCUACAUCUAUCAGAGCUAUAAUAACCGCGUCAGGGGAUCGGUUCGUCGCCGAGUACGUAAAAGUUUGGAAUAAAGUCAAAGCUGAGCUGAAUGCUUCCAAAACUGUUCAUGGGCGACAACUUAUCGCGGAAUACAGCUCAUUGAUUUUUGCCAACACCGGCAGUUUGAUCGAAUCCGUCGUACCCGACUUGCCCCCAUACGAAACAAUAGAAAGUCGGCUCCACGAAUACUUCGAUGAUCCCUUACACACCUAUUUUCUUUUCCUGGACAAAGAAAAAGUGCUUAGAGACUUUUCGAAAUGUUUUAUGCCCGGUUAUGUUACAAAUAGCAACGAUAACGUUCCAAGGCGCCAAGUGGCCAUGCUCGUUAUACCUGACAAUAACAACUAUUUCACAAUUGGCGUGGUUCUUAUGAUACUGUGCCUCAAUCACUAUAAGACAGCCAUCCCAGCAUCCAUACAGCGCUUAUUUGUUUCGUUAGCAGGUUUUACGACGGCAAAAUCUAUGUUUGUGGAGAGAGCUCAAUUCUUACUGCUAAUAUACAUUUUUCGAGUUUACAAUGGGCUCAAUGGCAGCGGCAGUGCUCAUCUGGUAUCCCUGACGUCGCUGUUAUGUACCACAUCCAUGAACUUAGGGUUGCACAAGGAUAUCGACAAGCUCUAUGCAGGGCAGAGUCCGACUGUUGGACCGCUUCAAUGUCUUAAAAACUUGUGGUACUGGACACUGUUUGCCGACUUGAACGUAUCAUUUGACAUAGGCUCGCCAGUUUUCGUAACCUCGGAACAUUUUGAUGAUGCAAUGCUACCGACCGCAGAGCGUGGACGCAUCCCGCUCUUGCGGAAUUUCUUAUAUGUCAGCCGAAGGUGCCUACACCAACUGUAUGAUCGGUCCCAAUCUCCAUCAACACUACACUUUGUGGAGCAAUUGACCACCUUCAUCGAACGAGAGUUCCGACCAUUGAGCUGCUAUACUGACUUAAACCUUUUUUCCGAGAUAGACCUAUUUGAAAUUAUGAUUCUAUCACCUACACUGGCCAUGAUGACAAAUUUCUACGACUUGACGCGGCUCUCGGGAGCCGAGCUAAGUAUUCGAGUUAAAAAUGGGUUUAUCAAAUCAAUGCUUGUAGGGGCAUCGGUUGCGGUUAACACCAUUCUAAGGUGUUACGAGCUUGACGAACAACAUCCACCAACAGUCAAUUUUCAGCAGUCGAAGAUUUUGACGCCAUCUCUCAACUUAUGCGUACUACUGUUGAAUUCUCUUCCAGUCAGAACGUUGACCGAGACUUACGGGCUUAUGUUUCACAAACUAAUGUUGUUUGAAAAAGGAUUAAUCGUUUCACUUGACGCAGGAUCGUCAGACGGUCCUACUUUGGAUGAUUUGUCGGUGCCAGACAGCAUUUUUUUGUCAUUUCGUGGGAUUUUCUUGAAAUUCUGCUCAAUAUUCGACGAAUUGUGGAAACCAGAGAAGGCCAAGAUGACGCACAUGCUGUGGAAAUCGCACUACUUUGUCAUUAUUAUGGCCUUGGAAAGAGUAAAUCGUACUGUCUUCCAGAUGGGUCUGGAAUAUAGAACACAGGUUGAAGUUGACUACGAUUGGCCGAAACUUGGUAACGAUGAAGUGUCCGACGACGUUGUAAAAAUGCUGGCUGACCAAGUAUGGAAUACCUACAGCACUGGGAUAACGGAUCUGAUCGAAAUGGACGCGGGUGAUUUUUUGACCGAUUUUGACAUGUUUGCUGGAGAAUGA